UCUCCCCUAAGCAGACAUGAAACCGGCGGACAUGCAGAAAGUGCUGGUCAUUUUCUUGGGUGUUUGCUCUCAUUUUGGAGUAUUUCAGGAUAUCGGAAAUUCUAUCAAUGACCAAAAGCUGCUUCAACCUACAGGUUACAAUCUUUGUUCUGAAGGAGUGUCUUCUCUGGGGUACUACAAUGGUUCCAUCUCAGUGACCGAGUCUGGAGAAGACUGCCUAAAGUGGUCAGAGUUCCCUGAUUAUGUACAGCAGUACCCGGGUCAAGGGCUUGGCGACCACAACCACUGCAGGAAUCCCGAUGGAGGAGUUACACCCUGGUGCUUUUAUCGGCAAAACUCCGGCUCUAUCAGCUGGGCUCACUGCGACUGCAGCCAGGGUGCUCUUCGGCUUGUACGUAGUCAUUCUGGUAACGCAGAUGAAGUGAAUGUGUACUUACAUGGGCUCUGGGGAACUAUCUGUGCAGAUCACUGGACACACUGGGAUGCUAGUGUGGUCUGCAGGCAGCUUGGGAUAAGUGAAAUUGGCACUGCCAAGAAGAGUAUUGGUUUUGGUUCACUGAUGACCAAGGUUCACCUCCAUGCAGCCAACUGCAGAGGGGAUGAGAAAGCUUUGCUGCACUGCACCUACACCCCAGCAUACAGCAAAGAAUGCAUGUACGGGUCAAUCGCCGCCGUUACCUGCUCUCCUCCUGAAGGUUUGAAGCCCCCUAUCAGGCUAGUGGGAGGAAAAGAAACCUUUGAGGGCCGUGUGGAGGUUUUCCACGAUGGACGAUGGGGAACCGUUUGCGAUGACCACUGGGAUGACAAAGAUGCUGAGGUCGUCUGUAGACAGUUAGGAUUCAGUGGAAAGCCGAAGGCCAUGGUCUGGGCCCACUAUGGUCAAGGGUCUGGGCCUAUCCUGCUGGAUGAAGUGGAGUGCCUAGGAAAUGAGCAGUCACUGGACUUGUGCCAGAAAAAUGAGUGGGAGCAUCACAACUGUGACCACAUUGAGGACGCUGGUGUAUCCUGCGAUCCCUACACAGAUGGCUCAGUAAGAUUAUCUGGAGGAAGAAAUGCUGGUGAAGGGAGGGUGCAAGUAUAUUACAAAGGAGACUGGGGGUCAGUGUGUGAUGACGGAUGGACAGAGUUCAAUACCCAGGUAGUCUGCAGGCAACUGGGAUUCAGUGGUCCUUCUAGUCUGGCAUCAAAAGGAGAAUUUGGUCCUGGAGAAGGCUUCAUAUUUCUGGAUGAUGUUGCCUGCACUGGUGUGGAGCACUCGGUUUUACAAUGUUCCCACAGUAACUGGGGUCAGCAUGACUGCUCACAUUCUGAAGAUGUUGGGGUGAAAUGUUCAAAUGACAGCAAUGAUAUCCUGAACGUGCCUUCUGGAACCCCUAUACGCCUGGUGGACGGGGAAAACACUAAAGAAGGUAGAGUGGAGGUUUUUCUCAAUGGAGAAUGGGGCAGCGUGUGUGACGAUGGCUGGACAGACAAUGAUGCUGUUGUGGUUUGCAGGCAGCUUGGCCACAGGGGACCUGCCAAAGCAAGAAUAAUGGCAUAUUUUGGUGAAGGAGAAGGACCGAUUCACCUUGAUAAUGUGGAGUGCAGUGGAAAAGAAAACACAUUAACAGAAUGCAGGAAGCAGGACAGCGGAAUCCAUAACUGCUGGCACAAUGAGGAUGCUGGAGUCAUCUGUGACUAUGUAGAAAAGAAGAUCACCCAAGAAAAGAAUUCAGGUGGUAUAUCUGCUGUGUGUGGUAUCAGUCCACUCAUUCGUCGUAAGAAAAGAAUUAUAGGCGGAUCCAAAUCAAUAAGGGGCAGUUGGCCAUGGCAGGCAUCUUUAAGACUGAAGGGAUUCCCCAAAGAAUCUCGUUUACUAUGUGGAGCAACACUGAUAAGUAACUGUUGGGUUCUAACAGCGGCUCACUGUUUUAAGAGAUUUGGUGAGUUGCCUCACCGCUACUCUGUCAGAGUAGGCGAUUACCACACUGGUGUGGAAGAUGAAUUUGAACGAGAGCUUCCGGUACAGAAGAUUGUAAUUCACAAGAGCUACCGUUCAGGCAGCAUCGAUAACGAUAUUGCUCUGGUCAGAAUGAAGGGUAAAGAUGGGCAGUGUGUGGCUUUCGCUUACCAUGUUCUACCCAUAUGCCUCCCAGAGAAGAAGACCCCUCUGCAUCAGAAAACAUGCUUUAUUUCUGGAUGGGGAGACACAGGAACAUCCUAUUCCAGGACACUUUUACAGGGUGAAGUCUCAAUUCUUUCCAGGGAGUCUUGUGUUUCCAGAUAUAAAGGCAAAUUUACAAACCGUAUGAUCUGUGCCGGGAAUCUUUCUGAAGAUAAGCGGGUGGACAGUUGCCAGGGAGACAGUGGGGGUCCUCUCAUGUGCCAAAGACCAAAUGGACAAUGGGUAAUUCUAGGAAUAACUUCUUGGGGUUAUGGGUGUGGACGGAAAGGAUAUCCUGGAGUUUAUACCAAAGUCAGUAAAUUCAUUCCUUGGAUCAAGAAAGUGGCAAGACUGAAAUGAAACGAGAAAACCAUUUUAAUAUGCAAAUGAACCAUGGAAAACAUUUUAAACAUUAUCAUCAGGAUUAUCGGUGUGCAA